AUGGCUGCAGCAAGUGAUCCUAGGCCGACGCUGUUUAAGUCAGAUGACUUUGUCUACGACAUGGAGAAUGACUGGCUUGGUUCAGAAAAUGGGGAUUUGGAGAGCAUAUUGCUGUCAGAAGAACGUGAGCAUCCUGAAAUCAGAAAGUGGAGCUGUCGACUGAAGAUGAGUUUGGAAAUUGCAAAGGGAAUGGACUUUUUGCACAGUCUCAACCCUUCAAUUAUACACAGAGAUUUGAAAACAGCCAAUGUUUUAGUUGAUUGCACUUACCACUGCAAGAUUAUACAGUUUGUAUUGUCCACGAUGAGAGGAAUUUCAAGGCGAUCAGCAGUUCAAUCGAGCAGUAGUCCAACUGUGAUGGGAACCGUCACAGAAGGAACAAGAAACAAGGAGAAUCAGUCCAAAAGUUCAUAA